UUGAUGUAUGAUGGAGGGGGUGGAGGAGUCCACAUUAAUAUCAGGAAUUUGCACAGGAAAAACUGUUGUCAAAGCACGUUAUCAGUGUUUACGAGUGCACUGAGUGCCCUCUUCCUGCCUAAACAUGACCAGCUUCACAACCACCCCAAGUGUUUGGUGAGUGGAAAAAUAGCGAUCAUAGAUAAUCUGAUCACUAUUUCACAUCCUGGUGUGAAGGCCAGGGUGUGGACGCAACCCGCCUGGCCACUAACAAUACAACGUGAGCUAAUAAAGAGGGUGGUGGCACAGUUCUCUGGACGUCUGUCAUAAUCCAGUUUUAAAAUAUCUGAAAACCAAGCGUGAGUUUCAAGGCUGUCCGAGACAUUCUUUAUCACUCCAUAAAAACCCCAGUGGUGAUCUGAGAGAGCGUCAGUAAGAAGGUGGGCUACGCAAAGAGAGAACAACAACGAGCAGAGGCCCUGAGGGAAUUAUUCUUCUCCAGACAGAAACAAGAAAGGCACCAUUUACCACAAGGUUUCUACAUUGAGCACACAACAAACACAACAUGAGAGGAUCAUCUUAUUCCCAGAAAAGCCUGCAGGUUAGCGGCUCCAACAGCCGGGUGAGGGUGCAGAGCCCGUCCCCCUCCCGGUGCCGUGGAUCCUCAUACGACAGUCGUGGACGCACCGGUUUCCAGGGCACUGCAAUUGAAUUGGGAACAGAGAUACACCAGCACCAUGCUAAUGAGAAAGAGGAGAUGCAGGAACUCAAUGUUAAGUUUGCAGGAUACAUUGAGAAGGUCCAGGCCCUAGAGCAGAGAAAUGCUGCUCUACAAGCCGAGCUGGCUGCCCUGCAGAGCCGCUACAAAGGAGGCCCCACAGGCAUUGGAGAAGAGUAUGAGCUCAAGUUUAAAGAGGUGCGGGACCUGAUUGAGGCCCUGACUAAUGAGAAGGGAGCUGCUGAUAUUGAGCGGGGCUAUAUCGAAGAGGAGGUUGAAGUGUGGAGACUCAAGCUCGAGGAAGAGCUGGCACUCAAAGAAGAGGCAGAAAUAAUCCUGAGGGAGUUCCGCCAGGAUGUUGACAAUGCCACACUGCAAAAGGCAGAUCUGGAAAAGCGAGUAGAGCAGCUCGUGGCUGAGAUAGAGUUCCUCAAGAAGCUGCAUGAUGAAGAGGUCGCCGACAUCAUGAAGCAGAUUGAGGACGCGAAGAUUUCUGCUGAGCUGGAGGGAGACAGGCCUGAUUUAGCUGCUUACCUGCGUAACAUGCGUGCAGAGAUGGAGGCUGUCGCUGCCCGCAAUGUCAAGGAAGCUGAAAAGUGGUACAAGGGCAAGUUCGACACCCUCAAGGAGCAUGCUGGCAAACACGAAGAUCACAUGAAGGCCAUGAAGCAGGAGAUCACAACCUUCCAAACCCAAGUGACAGAACUGCAGAACCAGAUUGAUGGGCUGAGGGCUCGUAAUGCAUCUUUGGAGCAACAGCUGGAGGACAUGGAGAUGGCCCACAUGGACAAGGUGGCUAGCCUGGAGGGUGUCAUCAGUCAGCUGGAGAACCAGCUCUGUGAAACCAAACUGGAGAUGACCAAGUAUCUGCAGGACUACCAGGAACUGCUGCACAUUAAGCUGAAGCUGGACGCAGAGAUUGCUACCUACAGGAAGCUGCUGGAGGGGGAGGAACAGAGGCUUGGGAUCACUGCAGAACCACCAGCAGCUGUCUAACUAUUCCAGGCUGAGGGGAACCUCGGAUCUGCAACCACAUGCCACCACAGAGAAGACCAUCAGAGCAUCAUAGAGUGGAGAGAUCAGCCCACCCCGUCUUCCUGUCCUGUCCUCUCUUUAUUCUCUCUCUAUUUUGCUCUUUCUGAUCAACUCCCACCACUGAGCUAGCCACACCCAGACACUGCAAUCCCAAGAAUGCCUGCCUGCUGUCCCAGUCUAUCCUGUCCCUCCCUCUUACACCUUUGACUGCAUGUAUCACAACCUGCCUCCUCAUUCCCUUUCCUUGCUCCAACCACCUCCCCCAUUCCCCUUCACUGCCUCUCUCAUUCCUUGUUUUGGGUAGUACUUAACCCUCUCCUCCCCUUUCCUUAGUUCUGCCCUUUCCUUUUCUCAGAUUCUUGCAGUAUCUCAUCUUAAUUUGUGAUACUUUUUCUAUCAACCCCACCCCUCUUCCUCUUCACUUUCUCCACCCCUUUGCUACUUAUGUUGAUCCAACUCUGGGACGCCACCUCCAUCACAAUAAAGCAUACCUGUACUGCUGUGAUUGGUAGCAACUCCACAAACACCCCCCAAAAAACAAAACAAAACAAAAACAAACCCAAGUGUUAUGUGGGGCAGAACUGUUGACCAUUUAUACAUGAAUGUAAUUACUAAUUACUGCUGAAUAAAGCUUGAAGUGAGUGCAUACAAAAUGCAUUGAUUUUAUUUUUCUACUUUGAAUUGCUCCAUUUAUGAUGUGUGUCUUCCUACUGAUUUUUUCUCCCUUUAAACUACAAAAUGCUAACUAACUAAUUUGGAUGUGCAAGGUGCACCUUUUUCA